GCCCGGCGGCACUUCCGGGGCGGCCUUGGGUGGGCCCCGUGCCUGUGUCCGAGCCGCCACCUACCCGCGAGCAGCGGGGCCCAGCUUUUCUGAAGAAUGAGGCAAAAAAAGCAGCGACUGGCAGUGGCAGAGCAGCAACAGAGCCCACCGGACAUGGCCCAGAUGCCAUCCCCCAAGGAGCCUCGCUUGGGACCACCUGUGACCCUGGGCCCCCAGCGCAGCAUCUAUUUCUCAAGCCCAAAGAGCCACCCUCCCCGACUGGGGUCAGAGUUUUUCGACCAGCCGGCAGUCCUCCUGGCCCAGGCAUUUCUGGGACAGGUCCUAGUCCGGCGACUCGCUGAUGGCACAGAGCUUCGCGGCCGCAUUGUGGAGACUGAGGCAUACCUGGGACCGGAGGAUGAAGCCGCCCACUCAAGAGGCGGCCGGCAGACCCCCCGCAACCGCAGCAUGUUCAUGAAGCCAGGGACCCUGUACGUGUACAUCAUCUACGGCAUGUACUUCUGCAUGAAUGUCUCCAGCCAAGGGGAUGGGGCUUGCGUCCUACUGCGAGCAUUGGAGCCCCUGGGCGGCCUGGAGACCAUGCGGCAGCUUCGCACCAGCCUCCGUAAAGGCACCAGCAGCCGUGCCGUCAAGGACCGUGAGCUCUGCAGUGGCCCCUCCAAGCUGUGUCAGGCCUUGGCCAUCGACAAGAGCUUCGACCAGCGGGACCUGGCCCAGGAUGAGGCCCUGUGGUUAGAGCGCAGCCCCCUGGGGCCCACUAGGUCAGCUGUGGUGGCAGCAGCCCGGGUGGGCAUUGGCCAAACAGGGGAGUGGGCCCAGAAGCCCCUGCGCUUCUACAUCCGGGACAGCCCCUGGGUGAGCGUGGUGGACAGAGAAGCUGAGCAGGAAAACAGGACUGAGCAAAGGGCCUGCUCAGACAAGAAUUUUUAACUGUUUAAAAACCAAAUAAAUGCUUUAUUUCUAGAAAA